AACAUAUUAUUGGCGAUGAGGAUUAAGAAGAGGAUUAAGACAAGGAUCAAUACGGGAUCAAAGAGGACAUGCCGAACGGACUGGUUAGCACCUUACAUGCAGGUUUGGGUCGUUAGCGGCAGCUAGCUCAAAUUAUUAGCAAAGUCUGCGGGUGGAGGAGAGGAUUCAUUGACACACAAUGGCAAUGAUUGGCACGCUGGCACCUUUUGAUGCAAAAAAUCAGAAGUGGGAAGAAUACUGUGAGGUAUUGGAACAGUUUUUUGAGGCUAAUGAAAUUGAAAAUGGAGACAGACAAAGAGCCAUAUUAAUAAGUGUUGUGGGAUCAUCAACAUACAGCCUUAUGAAAAACCUCCUCAGUCCGGAUAAGCCCAAGGAUAAGACUUACACACAACUUGUGGAGCUGCUAAAAAAUCACUUUGACCCAAAGCCUAGUGAAAUUGUGCAAAGGUACAAGUUUGACUCCCGCAACCGUGAGCCCAAUGAGUUAGUAAUGGAAUACGUGGCUGAGCUGCGUCGGUUAGCGCAGGAUUGCAACUAUGGUAACACUUUGCAGCAGAGGUUGAGAGACAGGAUCGUCUGUGGAAUAAAUGAAGAUCGGAUUCAGAGACGACUCUUAUCAGAAGCGGAUUUAACAUUUGAAACAGCAUUAUCAAUUGCUGUGGCGUCAGAGACUGCAAAUAAAAAUGCACAGGAGAUACAAAGCCAAGGGGCCACAGCUAAAUGCUUCACAAUGGAUAAAAAGCCACAGGAGGCUUAUGCACACAGAGAACCUACCAAAGAGUGUUACAGAUGCAAGGGAACCCAGCAUGAAGCAGCAGACUAUUGA